CAAACGACGAUCUACGCAGGCAAUAGCAGAGGCAAUCAUUCAAGCCGAUUUAUCACAUGGCCCGAGCGAACACCGGCGGUCAUACAUUCUGACUCCAAUUUACAUCCGAAAUCCAUUUGGCCGAUAUGGCAUUCGUCACGACAUUUGGGUCGAUCUACGACUUCUUGAGCACAUUCCUUCAGUCGGUCACGCAUCUCAGUUAUGAAAUCAACAGCACACGCACGUAGAUUUUCCAUGUGUGAUUCUGCAGUUUAAGUCAGUGGCAAUUCAACCGUGUGCAAUACAAAGUCAAAUAAAUAACAAGGGAAAUUGGAUAUACAGGGAAACAGUGACAAACAGCCAAACAUCUCGAGACCAACUGUAACAGCAAAGGCAGUUCUUCAAGGUACAGCAGAAUUACCAUGUGACAUCCGUCCACCACGACAGAAUGACUCUGCAAUUCUAGUUGUUUGGUACAAAAGCGAUAUCACACCUAUUUACAGUUACGAUAUGAGAGGGAAACAUUCUGAAAAAGCUUCCCAUUGGAAUGACAAGGACCAUUUAAAUGACCGGGCAUUCUUCAGGAUAGUUACUGAACCAGCAACAUUGAACAUCAAUCACAUCGAAGAAAGAGAUGAAGGCGAAUACAGGUGUCGAGUAGAUUUUGCCAAGAGUCCUACUAGAAAUUCCAGAAUUCAUCUGAUGGUUAUAGUACCACCGCACAAACCAAACAUUAUCGAUGAACAUGGAGCAACUGUGUCAGCGGUAGCAGGCCCAUACGAAGAAGGCGGUGAUAUGAAAUUACAGUGUCUUGUUUCUGGAGGUCGACCGGAACCGAAACUAAGAUGGUGGCGCGGGGAGAUGCUUCUAGAUUCAAAAGACGAAGCAGGAGAAUUUCCAUCUCUUCGUAGAAAUACUUUAAUAGUGAGAGAACUUUCAAGAGCUGAUCUUCAUGCGGUAUUUACUUGUCAAGCAUCUAACAACAACAUCAGUCAACCUGUGUCUGCAUCAGUUGCAAUUGAAAUGCAUUUGAAGCCAUUGUCUGUAACAAUAUUAAGUAGUGAGCAUGCACCCCUUAGUGCCGGGCGAAAAUAUGACAUAAAUUGUAUGACUGUUGGAUCAAGACCGCCAGCUAAGCUAUCUUGGUACAUGGAUGGAAGGAAACUGAAUAAUUACACGGAAAAGGUGUCUCAAGAUGGUAAUAUGACAAGUUCCACGUUAAUACUGAAACCAACAUUACUUGAUCAUGACAAAAUAGUCAUCUGCCGAGCAGAAAAUUUCAAAGUUCAACGAGGUAUAGUUGAAGACACAUGGAAGUUAAAUGUGUUUUUUGUUCCAAUUUUACAUCUGGAGUUAGGAUCGAAUAUGAAUCCAGACGAUAUUGAGGAAGGUGAUGACGUAUAUUUUGAAUGCAAAGUUCAUGCUAAUCCUGGCGCUUACAAAGUUAUAUGGAAGCAUAAUGGGAAUAUUAUUCAAAACAACGCAAAAAAUGGUGUGAUUGUGCAACAAUAUGGCUUGGCUUUGAGGGAGGUCAAUCGUUCUCAAGCAGGCAAUUACACUUGUAUUGCCAGCAACGUCGAAGGAGAUGGUUACAGCAAUACUGUCGAGCUUAAAAUUAUGUAUAAACCUAUUUGUGUAGCGGAACAAAAACGAAUUUACGGUGUAGCCCGUCACGAAGAUGCUCGAAUAGUUUGCAGCGUCGAGGCAUACCCAUCUCCGGAUAGUUUCCGUUGGACAUUCAACAAUACAGAAGAAAUGGUUGAUGUACCUCAGGCGCGGUACAAGAACUCUACACGUCACAGUCAAAGUAUUCUUAUUUAUCGACCAAUUACAGAAAUGGAUUACGGUACGGUGUUCUGUUGGGCAAGUAAUACUGCUGGUCAACAAAAGAACGCCUGCAUAUUUCAUAUCAUUCCAGCAGGGAAACCCGAGUCCCUCUACAAUUGCACGCUGUCUAAUCAAACGACCGACUCACUCUCCGUGGAAUGUUGCGUUGGUUUCGACGGUGGUCAACCGCAACACUUCCUUCUUGAAGUCUUCGAUCGGCAUACGGGGAUAUUGCAAGCGAAUAUCACGUCCAAGGAGAAUGCUGCUUUCACUGUUCAUGGAUUAGGAUCUGGCAGAAUUCUCAACAUGGUUUUAUACGCCGUAAACGCGAAAGGAAGAAGCGAGCCGACUUUGUUAGAAGGAUUUACAUUGAAAAUCGCUGAGAAGCAAACUGGUAUACCAGUGCCAUUCGAAAUUACUCCACUAUUGGGAAGCCUGAUCGGAGUAGUAUUCGCAUUACUUUUCGUUACUAUUACUAUUCUAGUGGCUAUGAAAAUUAGAAACGAACGGAGAGCUCAAAGACCGAGUGAUCUACCACUGAAGAAGAGCACAGCACCGAGUUCCGAAGAUUUAUACGAUACCGACGACAGGAAUCCGGAUGUCGUACCAAUAAAUAAAGGUUCAGAUUACCAAUUGACGGGAUCAAUAUCCGGCACUCCUAUGGCCACACAAAAUACACCAGAUGGACUUCCGUCAACUUCGCUUUCUAUACAACAGGUGACACACCUACAAGGAUUGUCACCGUAUUCGCACGAAUAUAAUAAUUAUCCAGCAUUAUCGUUAUCAGACGAAGUAACGUACGCUGAACUAUGCCUGACACGUCCAUCAACACUAUCAACAUUAGUAAACGAUACGAAAUUGAUUGGUGGAAGUGGAAUUGGCAAUUUAAGUACACUCGAAGGUUAUAGUAGUGAGGUGAUCGUAGGUGGUAAACCAUGCACGAGGGAAGCCACGAUUUAUGCUUGCAUAGAUCACAAUGCAAGACCGUUGAAGAUCGAUCCUCCAUCUACUUCGCCGUUCACAUUGGCAUCUCUGUCGACAAGAAGUACAUUCCAGGACUGUAAUGUUUCGACGAUGAAUAGCAAACACCCGACGAGAGAAAUUGUUACGGUGCGUACACCGUUAAUAUCAACGCAGGAGAGUUGUGUAUAGGGAUGCGAUCCUGACGCGCUGAAUAUCAACGAAUAUUACGUUUGAUUCGACGUGCGCGUCUAGUUUAUUAAAUGUGGUUCUUCAACCAUUUGUGCUAUAAUGAAACGUACAUAUAUGCUAUUUGAUAUGCGACAAAUGUGUAAAGUAGUUAACGAAAUUAAUGUCAGGUGGACUGAUCAAUCAUUAAUUGUCAAAUAUUAAUACGGUAGCGAAAGAAUACAAAGGAACGACGAGUCCUCUUAAUAUAUUAAUAAUAAAAAGCGUGAUAUUAAUGUUAAACUACAAAUUGUUCAAGGAUAUUGAUAAGUUGAAGUUAAAUUUGGUCAAUAAGACUGAUUUGAAUGUUACGUGAUUUUUUAUCUACCGAGUGCCCAUUAUCGUAAGCAACUAAAUUAUUUUUCCUUGUGAACUGAGGAUGAAAAAGUACUUGUGGCUGCAUGAUUUAAGGACGAAUUUUUAAUAUCAGAUGGACAUUUCAAGCUUAUUGCAACUAUAAUUAAUUAACCAAAGUGCAAAAAAUCAAGAUUACAUUGAUUCUCAACUUUUGAGUGAAAUUAAUAUAUGUUACAUCCUUCUCAUUAUAAAUAUCAAUUGCCAUUUUUUCACCCCAGGGUCCAUAUUUGUCGAAUAACGAUGGCGUUAAGCAUAAUAGAUCAAACUCGUACUUGAAAAUGAAAAGUUUCAUAAGUGAUCUUUAUCCAAGAUAUCUUAAUUUAUCAUUCAUUAUGUGAUGGUGGAAACUCACGGUAUUGUAAAAAAAAUGUUAAUAUCACAAUAUAACAUCAUUAUUCAGACAAUCUAAAAUCCUAAAAUGAUCUGCAAAAAUACCUCGAAUCAUGCAACCUUCCAAUCAUUUUUUUACGUCUUUAAUAACAAUAAAAAAUCUAAGUGUUCAUGAUUUGGACAUUACUGUGUAUAUAUCUUCAUAUUAUUUAAUUUGUUAUGCCAGUAUAAUUAUUAGAACACAAAUUUCAGAAAAACGUUUAACAAUUUAAUAUAUGUAAUAUUUGGAUUGUUUUAUUUUAAUAGGAUUUAAUGAAUUUUCAGCGGAACUGAAAAAUUCAAUAAAACUGAUUAAUCAAAACUGGGAUCAUAAAAUGAUUUGAUAUUUAAACAUGUUAUAAGUAUUAUUUUUAAUAUUCACGCAUAUGUGUACCAUUUAAUAUAAAUAACAUUAACAAAUUUUUAUUUCAACUCGAAUUUGAUGUGGCAACACUAACAUGUUCAUAAAAAAUAUGUAUUAUAAAAAGACGGUAAAAGUAUAUGGUAAAAGUUGGAGUGUGGCCAGAAUAUAUGAAUUGUUUUGUAAUGAUUUAUUCGCGUUUAUAAUUAGUAUCUAUGUGUGUGUGUGUGUGUGUGUGUGUGUGUGUGUAUAUAUAUAUAUAUAUAUAUAUAUAUAUAUAUAUAUAUAUAUAUAUAUAUAUAUAUAUACAUAUAUAUAUACAUAUAUAUAUGGUAUAAUUUUUAAAUUUUUUUCAUACCUCAUACUUUUACAAACGCAUUUAUAAACGAACAGUGCUUCUGCUAUGUUUACAUGUACCAAAUUUUAUUUUAAGUUUAUUAACUAUAAAUUUUCUAUUUUCUAUUACUCUGUAUAUCCUUGCUUUUGAUAUAUGUAUACACAUUAGGAUUUUGAAGGAAAUGAAGAUUUUCUAAUCCUAUGUUUUGGCCUUUUGUUUUGGGCCUUCUUUGGCCCAUGGAUAAUUUAAAUCCAUGACAAAAUAAUACGUUUAAUGAAUCAACUUAAUUGAAUAAUAUGGAAAAAACCUUAAGGAUCUCAUAGUUUUACAUAUAAAAUCCCAUGAGCUCAAUUGUUCUUCCAAGUUUUUCAAUUGUCGCACUGCUUUGGAUUUGCUAUUUUUGAAAGUAAAAUAUGUAAAAUAGAUAUGCAAAUAUAAAAUUAAAGAAACUUACCAAAUAAUAUUAAUUUGUGUAUAAUUUGUGAUUCUUCGUUGAAAUAUGUUUUCAGUGUAUAUUAUCAGAUUAAUGCUCAAAAACUAAGUACCUGUUCUAAAUUACUCAACAGUUACUUCUAUCUUCAAAGUAACAAAUGUUUCAAUCUCGUCUAAUAACAAUUUAUAUGAAUUUUUAUAUAUUGUUGGAUCAAUGAAUUUAUAGGGACCAAAAUAUUUUUAUGUAUUUCUUGUAUUUUUAUUUACUAGUCAAUUUUUACUAUUUAGAAUAAUAAUAUUUUAUCCCAUGUUCGAUAAAUAUGAUGAAAUAUUGGAAAAAUUUCUCUAGCUUGCUACUCUCCAUAAUAUAAUGGAGAACGAGAGAAAGAAAAAUGAAAUAUUGCAAAUUACGUAUAUUAAUAAUUGUGAGCUAUUACAAUCCACAGCAGCUUCCACUAUUUUUUUAAAUACUAGAAAUUUUGCUAGAUAUAUGUAGGAUUUUAUAUGUAAAACUUCAAGGUUUAGAGGGUACGAUUUUCCAGCACGUAUCAUCUAUUAUUACAUACAUUAUUUUUUUACGAAUUGAGUUUAUUAUGAUAGUACACAAACAAGAUAUUUCUAUGUCUAAACUCGAAAAUUCAAAAUUCGAUUAAUAAGAACUGUCUGGAUGUAUAUAAUUCAAAUAUCUAAUGCUUCUUUUAAAACACUGUUUGCACAAUGAACUCAUUUGUAAAUAUGUAAUAAGAAUAAUAUUAGAAUGGAAACUCUGUAAAAAAUAAAUGAUAAGAACGUUUCGUAGCUUUUCCUUAAUUCUCGAGAUAGAAUCUGAUAUCCCCAGGUUCUCUUAAACCCUUAAACUUUUAAUUUUAGGAUUCUUUUUAUCAGCUUUUCUUGUAUGUUUUAGAAAAACAAAGAAAUAAUCAAAAUAUUAAUUUUUAUAAAUAAAUAACAUCUUUUUCAUAUCUUUUCUAAUUCGAUCAUCAUUCAAUUUAUUUCUAGUUGUGCUUUCUACAUUUCUUUGAUAAAGAUAGAACAAAAGCAUUCUUAUUUCCCAAGCAAACUUGAAAAUAUUUUAUAAGAGAGCGACGAA